UCUCACUUCACGCGGCGCGACAUCAACAACAAAGUCGAGAGCGGCCUUCCGUACUUCCGUCUCGACAUCACUCUCUCGACAUUGUCUUCGCCUCUACCGUCAUGUUAUCAACUCGCAAGUGACAUCUCAUCUCGCAACGUCACUCUCAUUCCACUUCUGCCCCGCUCGGGCCUUGCAGCGCACCUGGCACAGCGCCUUCCCCCCGCACCCCCCUUGCCCCUUCCUUCCCCCACUCCCACCCCCACGAUGGUCAAGCCAGACAGUCCGGCCAUCAAGCUACGCUUCACAACAAAGGGCGCACUCGUCAUUGAAGUAGGCGAGUGGUGCACCUCGUGCGGUCAUGCACACCCUUCCUCCUCGACGCAGUGGGACGGGAUCGUGCGCGCCGUCGCAAAGUGGAUGGAGAAGCACGCGCCGGCGUGCCCCCACAACGCGCUCGCACGAGGCCAGAUGCCUGUCGCUUGGAGCGAUGGCGCCGUGUCCGAUGCCGGAGGGAAGGCAGCCAACCAGGUUACCCCACAGUCGGAUACUGGAGCUCCACCACUCGGCACGCCUUCCCCCGCGGAGACAUCUCGCAGCGCCGUCUCCCUCCGCUCCCUUGUCCAUCAGGCCCCAGAUAUCGCGUGCGGGAGUGCGCAGUCCACUACGCCGCCCAAGGCCACCCGCCCCACGUCCUCGUCCUCACGCCCGCCAACGGCGAGCUUCAGCACUCCACGCGUUCCGCCGCCUGCACCACCGGCAAGCAACAAGUCGAUCCGCUCCGUCACUGGGUGCUCGACGUGCAAGUGGCGCAAAGUCAAGUGUGACGAGCAGAGGCCGGAAUGUGGAAACUGUGCAAGGAAGCCUGGACGCAAGUGUGUCUACCUCUAUGCCCUGGCGUCUGGUGGUCAACGGCCACCGUCCUCCUCAGCAGAUGUGGAGCCGGCAAACCCUGCUCCUCUCGAGCCGGAGCCCGAGCCCGAGUCCGAGCCCGUCACCGCCCGAGACCCCUCGCCGGUGGCAAGCAGCAACGCCAUAGUGCCCUCUGGCAGCGUGCCACGGCCAGUGUCUCCACGACCAUGGAAUCCUCGAAAGCGCUCGCCGGAUGAGACGCCCGAGCAGGCAAUUCACGACGCGGGCGCCCUUCUGCUGAGCAAGAGCGAUGCCCCACCACAGAAGAAGCGCGCGAUGAGGCCCAACCUGCGCCUCACGCUCACGAGCGACCUCAGCCCGGUGGCCACCACACCGAGCAACAUGCCGGCUCCCACGCCUUGUAGCCUACCAGCACCAACUCCCAGCAGCUUGCCAGAAGCAACACCAAGCAGUCUACAAGCGCCAACUCCAAGCAGUCUGAGCGCGCCGACGCCUCGUACCCUGGAGGCCGCCAUCUCGGAGGCUGCAGUUGCACACUCCUUUGCACCGACAUUAGUUGGGCGCCCGCGUCCUCCACCACUUUCAUUCAACAGCGCAUUCCACGUCCAGACGCGGAGCAACCGGCAGUUGGAGCAGAUUGUUGACCAACAUGGCUUGACGUGGUUCAUUGACGCCAGCGAGGUGCUCGACCAACAAGUGCUGGCGUCCCAACGGAAGCGCACAUUUGCAAACCACCGCCAGACAGUGCUUGCAUACUGCUGGGACAAAUACCUCUCAUGCCAGGCUAGGAUACCGCUCGACCCCUCGGCAGUUUCAACAUCACGAGACGAGCUGGCCACUUUGGCCUUGCUCUAUGCCUUCCUCAGCGUCGGCGCGAGACAUUAUGCCUACUGGGUCAAAAUGAAGAUGAUGCCCUACGAGGACCACAAGAUUGGAGGGACUGUCAUGUUACGCCUGGCCGUCGAAGCUCUCCACAGCCUUGUGGAGGCUGGGAACCCAGCAUACGACGAUGCUGUCGAGGUCGACAUCGAGUGCAAGAUCAUCAUGGCGCUGGAGAUCAGUCUCUCGUCUUCUGUCAUCGGUAUUGAUCCGCUCGGCCAUCAAGUCCUCGCACUCAUCACCACCGUGAUGGCGCGAAAUGGCGGUCCAGAGGCCGCUGCCAAGAUUCUCACUCGCACCUCGCUGAGCACAGUGUCCUUUGACAUCGUUGCGGCGGUCAUGCGCGAGAGCAUUCAGUGCGUUCUGAGAGGGCGGGCAUCAAAGAUACAGCCGGACGGAGACGGUUCUUGGCUCGACGACCUGCCAAUCGCCCACCGUGUGCUCCCCGAGUCGUUUGGCGUCAGUGCCCCCAUGGUCAAGACGAUGCUUGAGACCAUAUUCGUUCUAUACGGCAAUCCUUCAGAAGGGAUCUCACCCACUCGCCUCAAGGCUCUCUACCACACACUCAACACGACCUCGAUCAUUACCAUCUACUCAUCGCCUCAACCUCCGCGCGUGCAAGUUGGAGAUCUUCUCCUUCGCCAUGUUCUAUACGCUGUGGUCUAUCUGGACGGUUUCAGUCUCAAACCGUGCGAUGCACAGCUUCAGAACACUUCGGCCGCCAUCCUCGAGCUGCUCUUCGAGGUCCUGAACAUGGGCUACCCUGCUGCCCGCUGGAACCUGGCCUUCAUUAUUGGCGCGUCGCUGUGCCGCUCUGAGCAGAGAUCAGCUGCUCUGUCCGUCUUGAGGCUCAUGGCAGACACUUGUGGCUGCGACGACAUCGAGGAGGCGACCAAGACGUUGCUGAAAGAGGUGUGGAAGCGCCGCGACGAAGGGCGCGGGGAUUGGAGGUGGAACCAUGUCAUGACGAGUGUCGAUGGUCUGGAUGUUUUGUAUAUUUAGAAAAGUGACGAUGUGAUGCAUGACACCUGCUCG